AUGCCGCCUCGGAGGUCUCAUACAAAGUCGCGAUAUGGAUGUGAUCAGUGCAAGAAAAGACGUGUCAAAUGCGACGAACAAGGCCCGCCAUGUCUCAAUUGCACGAACAGGGAGCUGAAAUGCGUUUAUUCCAAGACUCCGGCGGCUCACAACUCGACGAAUAUUUCAGAAAGCUCGACGCCAGCACCAGGCCAACAUACGCCCCAUUAUAUCGCGCAGCCCUACCGCCAAGCACAGGAUAUCAACAGUGUAUCUGGUGGUGCAUCCAGCGCGGAGCUUCGGAAAUUGGAAUUAAUGCACAAAUUCUCCACGGAGACGUAUCAGAGUCUAUGCAACUCCUCGGCGGACUUCUAUAUCUGGCAGAUGGUUGUUCCGCGGAAAGCACUGGCUCAUGAUUUUCUCAUGAACGGCAUCCUGGCGAUUGCUUCGUUGCACAUGGCUUCAUCGAUGGAUCCUAUGGGGGCAAGCACUUAUAUAAACACGGCGCUUGAAUACCAUAAUCAAACGUUGACACCCUUCCGACAUGCCAUAGACGACAUAAAUUACGAAAAUUGUGACGCAGUUUUCGCUCACUCCGUGGUGACUACUAUUAUUGGCAUAGCCCUUCCACAACUGACUACAGAAAAAGACGAAAAAGUCAGUAUGACCGAGAAGAUAAUCCUUGCUACUGAAUUGCUACAAGGUGUGAGCAACAUUCUUCGCAUCUGUCGUCCAUGGAUGCAAUUAAAACUCUUCAGCUCAGGGGGCGAUUUCUGGGAACGGUCGAAUAUUGGCUUAGACGCAGACACAGAGGCAGCAUUGGACAACCUCUCCACACUAUUAAACGAGGUGGGCAAUUCAGAUGAACAAAGCAUGUUGAAGGAUGCUCUAGCCCUCCUGCGACAAUGUUUUACUAGAUACGCGAACUCGAGAGACGUCGCGUCAAUCCUCGCAUGGACCGCAGCAGCCAAGAAAGGUUUCGUCGACGCUUUGAGAUCUCGCCAGCCGUUGGCCUUGCUCAUCCUGAUGUACUGGGGUGCCCUACUUCAUGAACUUCACGGCAGAGUAUGGUGGGCCAAAAACUCGGGUUCGGCACUAGUCUCAGAUCUGUCUGUGGAACUACACUCCUAUUAUCCUAGGUGGAAGAGUAUUUUGAUGUGGCCGAGACAAAGAAUUGACUCACCGCGACAAUCCACUCAGCCUGAUGGAAUGGUGCUGGAAACACCGCAUCAGACGAACUGA